GUCUCAGUCGCAUCCCACCUACUCGGACAUCAAUAUCAAUAUCAAAUCAACAACCCUAUCAACAUCCAAAACAAAACAGCAAACCAAUUCACCGCAAAGAAAGAAAGAUAGAAGAUAAAAAAGGAGAAAAAAAUGAGCACCUCCCGCCGCCUCCUCAUCUUCCAAGAAGCCCGCAAUCCCCACAACGCCGCAGAGACCGUCUUCCUACCCGUCAACAAGCUGGGUCUGCCGAUCUGCGGACGCGGACCGGAGCUGCCGUCUCUUUUGGAGCUGCCGUUGAAGACUUUGAAGGCGUUUACGGAGAUCUUUAAUCAGCCGAAGUAUAAGGGGUGGGCCAUCGUCGCAGCAGGCUCAUACCAUGAUAGCUCCGAAGAAGGCAAAUUCUACGCUGUCGUGCUGGAGCAGACGCGGGAUGUCUUGGGUGUGAUGCAGGAGCAGGCUGGGCCUUAGCUGGAUACUGCACUGAAGAUUGUGGCUGAAGACUGACUUGCUGUAAUGAUUAUGAUGUGGAUGCACUGUUCUUCCUUUCUUUCUUGUGUUUCUUUGCACAUGUGUUUUUUUAGGCUGCUACUUACUGGUCUGGUCAUGAUGAUAUCAUGCUGUUGAUACUGUUGCUGUAUCUUGGGUGGGAUUGUUGUUCUUAUUGUCAUGCUGUUAAUAUCAUAGGUAUGUUAUUAUGUUACUUGUGGGUGGAUAUAGGUUCUUGUUUAGUACUUAAGAGAUAUUCAUAGAUAUACGAUCUCGCA